AUGUCCUUUGUUCCUAAUUUUCCACCAUCUGUUUUGCGUAAAUUUGGUGAUCAGGAAUCUGAAGAUGGCAAGAAGAAAACGAAAGAGGAUUUCAAGAAAAUGAAAGAAAUAGAGGAAGCUCGUAAAUUGGCCGUUAUGCCCGCCAUGAAGGAUGAAGAGGGGCGUGACAUAAAUCCUCACAUUCCCCAAUACAUAAUGCAAGCGCCCUGGUAUUAUGGGUCGCUAAAGCCCACUUUGAAGCAUCAGCGCAUGCAGGAUGAAGAGAAGAGGGAAGCUCUUUCGGGCACAGACAAAGGUUCUGCAGCGCUGAAUAAGUGGUACAAGAGGGGUGUACCUCUUGGCGCCCCACGGGCGAAGAGUUAUCGUGACGGGGCCUGUGAAAAUUGUGGAGCUGCUACUCACGACCGAAAGAAUUGCUUAGAGCGCCCAAGAAAAGUUGGUGCCAAAUACACGGGGUUGGAUAUUGCUCCUGAUGACAUUGAACAAGAAGAUAUAAAACUGGGGUACGACGCCAAACGUGACAGAUGGAAUGGUUAUGACCCACGUGAACAUCAGCGUUUUAUCGCCGAAUUUCAGCGUUUUGAAGAAGCACGAAAGAUUGUAAAAGCCAAAAAAAUAGAAGAGAAACUAGCUGCUGCGGCCUCGAAAAGUGAGGGUCAGGAAGUAGGAUCUUCUUCAGGACCCAAUUUGGAUGACGAAGAAGGUGAUGAUGAUCGAUACGGGGAAGAACUUGAUAUGCCGGGGCAGAAAUUCGAUAGCAAGCAGCGUCAGUCCAUUCGAAAUUUACGCAUUCGUGAAGAUACGGCGAAAUACCUUUACAACCUUGACCCUAAUAGUGCCUACUAUGAUCCGAAGACUCGCUCCAUGCGUGAGAAUCCAUUCGAGAACUCAGGAAAAUCGGAAUCAGAAGUUCCGUUUGCUGGUGACAACUUCAUACGAAACGACGGUGAUGCACCUGCAAUGUUGCAGAGACAGGUAUUUGUUUGGGAAAUGCAAAAUAAGCUCGGUCUUGAUUUGCACCUACAAGCUGAUCCGACACGUCUUGAGCUACUGGCAAAAAAAGUCUCCAUGGCCAAAGAACAGGCUCAUUCAGCGGUGCGUGAAGAGAUCUUGGAACGUUAUGGAGGCCGUGAGCAUUUGGAAGCUCCGCCAAGAGAAUUGCUUUUGGGGCAGUGGGAAAGCUAUGCAGAGUAUACGCCUACUGGUCGCGUUCUUAAAGGUUCUGAGAAGGUUGCCGUGAAGUCUCGUUAUGAAGAGGAUGUUUUCGUGAAAAACCAUAAAUCGGUUUGGGGCUCCUAUUGGUAUGCCGGUCAGUGGGGUUACCGAUGCUGCCAUUCUCUGAUCAAAGAGUCCUAUUGCACUGGAGACAAAGGCAAGACGGGCGCUGGCAUGGUCAAUCUUAGCAACUCGAUUACUUCUGCAACAGACUUUCCAGAGGCGCCUGCUGAGGCGCAGACGGGUUCUAGUGUGCUGGCACCCCUUUUGCCUCUCUCCAGUACUGUUCAAGGGGCUGAAUCUUCGAAAUCUUCUGACAGGGAUGAUGAGGAAGAAUUAGCAGAACAAGCACGCCAACGGGAGACCGACUUUGCUCGGUCUAAGGAGCGUCGCGAACGGCGUGCAAAAAAGCGAAAGAACAAAAAGAAGAACAAAUCUAAGCGGGACAAAAAGCGGGGAAGGAGGAGCCGUUCUGUCUCGCGUAGUACGAGCUCUAGUGUUAGUUGCGCCAGUGAGUCAGGAGAUGAAGAGGACGCUCGAGAGAAGCGUGUUCAGAUGGAAAUGGAAAAGGAGAAGAAGCGUUUGAAGGAAGUUGAUGAGCUUUUGGCACUGGAUGAACGCAAACGACCUUAUCAUUCCUUGUCUGCCGAUGACGGACAUGUCCCCACGCAAGAAGAAAUGGAGGCUUACUAUAGACUGCGGCAAAAUCCCAACGAUCCCAUGUCCCAUUUCAAAGAUUAG